UUGCGGUGAGUGGGUGGGCGGAGCCAGGCGGAGUGUCACAGGUAGCAGCAGCCAGCCAGUGUAGCCAGGACCUUAGUGCGCGCAAGAGGGAGACCGCAGCUGUCUGCACACUCACACAUACCUUCACUGCUACAGGCAGAGCAAGACAAGAGAGGCGACUCAGCACAAUGAAGGGCCGGACGGUAUGACGCUGCCCCUAUGAACACGUGUCUGACUGAGGAUUACUGACUUGGAGGAGAGUAGCUACACACAAACAGACACGCAUAACAAAGAUGGGUGCACCACUUCGCCUGGCGGGGUUCUGUGUCGCCUUGUGGCUGACAGUCAUGUCCAGGGCGGAAGCACAAGCUGACAGCAAUCUGCAGGUGCCUGACGGGACCGUAAGACCUUUUCCCACGGACGGCAUAAGGAGGUACAUUAAUGGGCCCACAGACACCUCAAUAGAUUCGCGUAUGAGAUUCUACUCCAGACUCAAAGACACGACCCUGGAGAGCAUCGGUGGCAGAGUGGAGAAGGACCAGAAUGGCAAGAAAUGGAUCGUGAACGGUCACUCUUACAAUGUGGCUGACAGCACGGGGAGCAGGGUGAACACGGGGCCCAUUAACGGUCACACAGGAGGAAUGCGGCCUAUGAUGGGCGAGGUGACCAGGGAAGGGCUGCAUCACCCCUACUCCGCCCUCCAGAACUCAGAUAUAGCCGAGCAGGAGCAGGUCAGCGGGUCGGGUGGCGGCCAGAGCGAGGGCGAGAGUCCAGACAGCAACGGUACCGCUGGAAAUAAGACUCCCCCAGUCCCCGCGGUGGCCUGGACGCGGGAGCCAGACCGAUGGGCGUACCAGGAGGGGGAGUGGCUUGUGGUUUCCCUGCCAAACUCUUCCUUCCCUUCCCUGCCGCCGCCACCUUCCCCUGCCCCCGCCUCAGCGCUCGUUGUGGCCGCCGUCAACAAGGCGGAGGUGGCGCGGCAGGUGACCGGGCUGGCAAACGUAACCCUGCAGUACCUCUUCUUCCUCAGUGAAAACCAGGACCCAGACACCAGACCAGAGCUGAAGGUGUACCAGGAGGUGGCCGGCACGCGCACACUGCUGCAGACGGACACAGACCAGGGCCAGUGGUAUUCCCGGAGCCUGGAUGUGCCUCAGGCUGAGAAUUCUUCGAUCCUGUUCGAGGGUUGGCUGAGAGGCGACGGUGACGUGAUCGCCCUGAGUGACGUGGCCGCGGAGAGCGUCCCGCUGAAUACGGGCAAAUCCCUUGACGAGGGUGACGACUUGACGAUCACCGCCAGGCAACCCACCACCACCACCACCACCACUGCUGAGAUCUCCCAGUCACUCGCAGCAGAAGGAAACCGGACGCAGGAUGUGCCCGCAUCUGAUGAUGCUUCCAUAGCGACGAACAUUGAGGCUCAGGACAAUAGUACCGCCUCGGACGCUCCUCACGCAGGCACCCUACUCGACCAGCCAUUGAACUCCACAGCAGACGCGCCUUCGAGUCUUGCAGAGGGAAAUGGGGCGGUAGACAACGUGACGGAAACGCCGGAAGCUUCCAGUGACACUUCAGGGAACAACACACAAGCCACUGAGGAAGUCAGCGGAGGCGUGGACAUCACUGCCUUGAAUUCAACUACGUCAGGAGAUGAUGAAAGGACUUCGGACAGCCGUGUGUCAGAUAACUUCAACACCACAGCGACGACUGAUGAGAAGGAUAAUGCAGGGAAAGAAGCCUCAACAAUCAUUUCAGUGACGGACGAUGAGGCAACGGCAUUCGAACCUUUAUCGGGCACCGAGGAAGUCACAAACGGUAGCACCACAUUGUCCAUUCCCGGCGUGACCACUGACGGCCUGCAAGCCAACACCACCACCACCAACACCACCACAACCACCUUGACCAACACCAACACCAGCGUGUCCCAGCCCAGCAGGACUCCUUAUUUGGUGCCCACAAAGAUAGAAUACACUAACGAAAGCGAUGAUUCAUCUGAUAGUAUACUCGGAGGUGAUGAAUUAACCUCAGGGAUGACACCCGGGGGACCACAAGUCAAUGGAACUUCAGGGAACAUCACAUCACCCUUUGGUAUCACAGUGUCCCUUGAGUCUACGCCUCUACCCUCGGCCGGCGGCAACACUACGGAAACAGUGAGCCCGGAGGCUGUUUCCAGCACCUCUUGGCAAGUGUUCCAGGUGUUCUUGGUGUUGUGUUUGUUGGGGCUGCUGGCGCUCGGCUUCUUGUAUUGGAAGAGGAAGCAGCGGCAGGACGAUGAGAUUCCAGUGUUCCAGCGCGGCACGGACUACCCCAACCCGGCCUUUUGCAUGGAGGACGCCGCUAGUUUCAUGUCCCGCGCUGGCCGUAACACCUACAAGACCAUUGAGUAGCCGCCGGACCUGCAAGCCCAGCCAUAAUGGCUCUCUCAGUCCCCCAGCCGGUGUGACCCAGUGUGCAUCUGUGAUACCAGUGGACGGACGCCUUGCUGACACUGGGCUUGUGUGAUACUCGCCUCUGGGAACUUUGAAUAAUCGCUGGGUCCUCGAGAGAUGCCAGAUCAUGUGUGCGAGAUGAUGUGCGUGUCCAUUACUAUUUGAAAUAAUGCCUUGUGUAUGUGUGUGUGUGUAUGUGUGUGAAGAACAGGUCCAUUUUCCACCCUGCAGCUCCGCAAGACGCGAACGAAAGCAAUCUGAAAAUUAAAGGAAGUUUCAAUGCCCGUCUGUCAGUGGCUGGUGAGGUCACCACGCAGGACUGCCACUCCCCAAGACUCUUGGGCCGGCGGUGGCAGCAUGUGAUAGUGGUGGUGCCAUGGUGUCCACCAGUAGUCCGGUAUGAGUGUUAAGGGACUUGAAGGUCUGUGUGGGACGUGUGUGUCAUCACGGACGCCCCUCGGACAAUAGAAAUUGGGUGUGUCGGAUGUUUGUGAGUCAAGGACGCGGAGACAAACUUUAAAUAUAUUCUUGAACAACUCAAUGAAGGUGCCGCACACCAGAGUCAUAUAUCGCCUGAAACAAAGCCUUAUAGUGUGUAUUUACUACAUGAUACGCCCCAUACUUCUGUAUCCUGCUAAAUUUUCUUUUUUUUUCAUAUAUAUAUAAUUCUCAUAAUGUUUGCUACAAGAUGUCGGAGCCCGUGCCUAGCCCCCGCCGUCCCUCCCCGUCCCUGGACGAAGCUCCUGCAGGGCUCGCUGGCUCGGAUGGCUUGGACUUGUGAGCCUCGUAGGAAUUAUAUUCUGAAGCACUUCUGUACCACUCAUUCACAAUUUUCAAAAGGCUCUAAUUGAAAGUACGCGGGUUUUAAUGGUUUUAGUGAAAGAGUAACAAGAUUUCCACUUAAUUAAGAGGAGAAACAGUCUUGAAAACCUAUAUGAUUAUCUAUAGUCUUUGUAAACAAUCGUGGUGAAAAAGUAAACUGUUUCAGAAGACUGGCUCUCAGUGCAGUGGUGCCAGGGGAAAGACGCAGUCAUGGGUCUCGCCACCACAUGUCUACUGGUCCUGAUGACCGCUGCAGAAGUUUCCUGGAGGAUGAAGCUAAACUAUUGCUAUUUAUCAGUGAUGAAUCUGUUACGCCUCAUUGCGUCACAGUAGCCAAUUUCGGUCACGGUGAUGCUCAUAUAAUAUGCAUUUCAUGUCUGAGAGUACGACACUCCAGCAUAACAUGUAGUCACUCAUAAAGGUUCGUAUGUGGGACGGCAGGGUGGAGCCUGUACUUUCCUCACCGCGCUAUAACGCAGGAAUAGGAUACAAAGCACAUAUGCGAAAGCGAUUCGACAGUAUCUCGACCAAUCCACUAUUGCUGCUGACUUGUUUAAUGAAAGUUUAAACAUCAACAAGGCUCUAACCUUCGUAUCAUGUCAUACAACGCUGAAUA